AUGGAGGCAAAUGGAGAAAACGACGAACUUAAAUUAGCCAUUUCCUCUUUUGAAGAAAUUUUGCAUCACCACCUUGAAUUCACUCGAUUUCUUUUGAAUCUCGUGCCUGAACUUGCGGGGGAAGUUGAUGACCUGCAAAGGACACCUCUCCACUUGGCUUCCGAAAAUGGAACAGUCGAAAUUGUUCAAGCUUUGCUGGAGAAGAACACAAGCACUUGCAUGGUUCUUGACUUGAAUGGGUUGCUUCCUCUCCACCAUGCGGUGAUUAAUGGGCGAAUUGAUAUCAUACCACUGUUGAUCAAUGCGAGGCCAAGAUCUCCUUGGAUUAAGAUUCACAAUGGUCAAUCUGUUCUUCAUUUAUGCAUAAAACACAACCAUUUGGAAGCUCUUAAAUUGUUGAUCACAAUGAUUGAAGAUCCACAAGAUUAUGGAUUCCUCAACAAAGGCGAUGAGAAUGAAAAUACCAUUUUGAAUUUUUCUAUGAUGUUAAGACGAAUUGAGAUAGUACAAUAUUUAUUGUCUAUUUCGGGAAUAAAAAUCGGAACAAACACGGCAAACAACUGUGCUACCUCAAAUGAGAAGGGAUCACCAAGUAAAAUUGAAGAACAAUGCGAUAAAAAGCCAUCGAUAUCACUAACACUCAAAAAGUUUAUAAGAAGUUUGUGGAUGAAGAACCUUGAAUACAAAGGUGAUUGGUUUCAAGAAGUGCAAGGCACAAUGAUGUUGGUGGCAACGGUGAUUGCAACAGUGGCUUUUCAAGGCGCAAUCAACCCUCCCGGCGGUGUUUGGCAAGAAGACAUUCCUUUCCACUCUAAUAGCACUAUUCAUCUUUUGUUUCAUAGUAGCAAUACUUUGAAAACAUUGAUAGCAGGAACUGCAUAUGUGUUAACUCCAAGUGUUUGUGUUGCAACGCCAAAGCGGAUAACAGGCCGAGCAAGUCUAAGGUACUGGUUUAAUGAUCCUUGUGUUGCAAGGUAUUGGUUUGAGAGGUAUAAUGAUCCUUGUGUUGCAGCAAAUGUCUUUAAUGAUCCUUGUGUUGGAAGGUAUUGGUUUGAGAGGUAUAAUGAUCCUUGUGUUGCAGCAAAUGUCUUUAAUGAUCCUUGUGUUGCAAGGUAUUGGUUUGAGAGGUAUAAUGAUCCUUGUGUUGCAGCAAAUGUCAUUGUAAAAUUGUUUUCUCUAUCAUUUUUGAAAUCUUUCUUCUCAAUCAGAGCUAGAUUUCAAUACUAG